AUGUGGAUGAACGGUGUCCCGCCUUGUCCUAUCAUUCAGGCGGACGUGAUGAUCGCCGGGGGGUCCGAGGCGGCCAUGACCCCGCUCUGCUUCGCCGGGUUCUGCUCCAUGCGCGCCAUGGUGACUUCGUUCAACGACGACCCCGAGAAGGCUUCGAGACCCUUCGACAAGGACAGAGCCGGUUUCGUCAUGGGGGAGGGAGCGGGGGUGCUUAUCCUGGAGACGGAGGAACACGCCCUGGCGCGGGGGGCCACCAUCUACUGCGAGGUGGCGGGCUACGGGGCUACCUGCGACGCUCACCACAUCACCGCACCUGCCCCAGAUGGCAACGGUCUGGCGAGGGCCAUCGGGGCGUCCAUGAAGAUGGGGGGUAUCGAGGCCAAGGACAUGGUGGGAGGAUACAUCAACGCGCACGGCACGUCUACUCCGUACAACGACAAAUUCGAGACCAUGGCCAUCAAGAGGGUGCUUGGAGAGGACGUGGCGAAGCAGGACAAGAAGCACCGACAGAGACGCAAGAGAAAGACCAACGAACGCAUCAACGCUGAGACGCUGGUCUGAGACCAGCUAUGAAAACCAGGAGGGGCCGGGCCUUUACGACCUGUGCGCCGUGGGUAUUCUGUAGGCAUGCGCCAUGUGUAACCUGGCGGGUAUUUAUUGAUGUUGAGUGGGUCCAACCAACUGCUUCAAAAGAGCAGACCGAUGAUGACACAAAUAACAUACCUUCCCACAAGCAAGUCCAGAUCACACCUACCAUCAUCGAGAGAACCCGUCGGGGGGGGUGAGGGUCUACUACUGCUGCUGCUGUGUGUUUUGUCAGGAUGUUUCCCCGCGGGAUCGGUUCAGAUUGCGUACUAGCGCCGCGCUACUGACUGCUGUUNUUGAUGUUGAGUGGGUCCAACCAACUGCUUCAAAAGAGCAGACCGAUGAUGACACAAAUAACAUACCUUCCCACAAGCAAGUCCAGAUCACACCUACCAUCAUCGAGAGAACCCGUCGGGGGGGGUGAGGGUCUACUACUGCUGCUGCUGUGUGUUUUGUCAGGAUGUUUCCCCGCGGGAUCGGUUCAGAUUGCGUACUAGCGCCGCGCUACUGACUGCUGUUUUCGCAAAGAAAGCCGUGCCCUGCAUGCUGUUGUUGCUGCCGCAGCCCUGCAGGGCCUCUCGGCCUCUCGCAUCAAAGUCAUGACGUCAUUUGACCAUCAACGGUUUUUUGUUGUUUUUGGUUCAUGCUGGACUGCUUGCUUUCACUCGGGCGGGAAACUCGGAAGGCUUGAGACGAAUGUGGCGGGCAAGUUGUGAGCCUGACGCAAUAUUUGCCAUCUGUCGUGUCACAAUCCUAUGUCUACGCUGCUGUUCGUGUUCCUCGACGGUGUGAUGUCAUGUGUGAUACGCUCGCCGGCAGGGGGAUGCCGCAUGUAUGCUUCUUCCAGAUGCCCAGAUGUACGUACGUGUGUGAUUGUUUGCGUCCGCACGGCGGGAAGACUUCACAAUUUGUUUCUUCGCGCAUGUGCAUCGAAACGGAAAGAAACAGCCGCAUGUAAAGUGCAAAAUUUUGAACGGUGGUCGCACGUACAAUCAUCGUCGCUCCCGUCGCACGCCUGCUGUCCCUCUGUGGUGC